GACUCUGGAGCGGUGGCCGGUGACAGUGGGAAGCGGCGUUGGAGGAAACAAAGUUUGCAGCACUUGGGCACUUGGCUGCUCGCGGCUUUGAUGCCUAUGGCAAGAAUCGGUGCCUAAGCCCAGCCAUCAGUGGGGAGGCUGACACGCCUUGCUGGUUUGCUGUUGGUGCUGCUAUUGCAAAGUUUCAGCUAUUUUAAUGUACUAAAAUCAAGGAUUCUAAGUAUCAGUCCUCCCUGCCCCCAUCUCUCCUUCUAGGAUUUUUGGAGCUAUAUGGAGGGAUCUCAGGAUGGUGUGCACCAGGAAAACCAAAACUUUAGUGUCCACUUGCGUGAUUUUGAGUGGAAUGACUAACAUCAUCUGCCUGCUGUACGUGGGUUGGGUCACCAACUACAUUGCCAGUGUCUAUGUGAAAGUACAGGAGCCGAUCUCAGAAAAAAAGUUAGAGGAAGACAAAGGGGACACUUUAAGGAUUAUAGAAAGGCUGGACCAUUUGGAAAAUGUCAUCAAGCAGCACAUCCAAGAAGCUCCGCCAAAACCGGAAGAAAAGCCUGCUGAAGCAUUCUCUGACUCAUCCCUCUUUGCUCACUGGGGCCAGGACCUCAGUCCUGAAAACAGGCGUAUUGCUCUAAAGCAGUUUCAAUACUACGGCUACAAUGCUUACCUGAGCGAUCGUUUGCCCCUGGACAGGCCCCUGCCUGAUCUUAGGCCUAAUGGAUGCAGAAACCUUACGUUUCCUGACAGGCUCCCCGAGGUCAGCAUUGUAUUCAUAUUUGUUAACGAAGCGCUCUCAGUGAUUUUACGCUCCAUCCAUUCUGCUAUUGACCGGACUCCUGCUCACCUGCUCAAAGAGAUUAUUUUAGUGGAUGAUAACAGUAAUAAUGAAGAACUCAAGGAGAAACUGAAGAAGUAUAUUGAUGAAGUGAACGCCCAAAAACCAGGGUUCAUCAAGGUUGUUCGACACAGCAAACAAGAGGGACUGAUCCGAUCCCGUGUUAGUGGAUGGAGAGUUGCCACAGCACCAGUAGUCGCUCUAUUUGAUGCCCAUGUGGAAUUUAACGUGGGAUGGGCUGAACCAGUUCUCGCUAGGAUAAAGGAAAACAGAAAAAGAGUAAUUUCUCCAUCAUUUGAUAACAUUAAGUACGAUAAUUUUGAAAUAGAGGAAUAUCCCCUCUCUGCACAGGGAUUUGACUGGGAGUUGUGGUGCCGAUAUCUGAACCCUCCUAAAUCAUGGUGGAAACUGGAGAACACAACUGCUCCAAUAAGAAGUCCUGCCUUGAUUGGAUGCUUCAUAGUAGACAGAGAAUAUUUCCAAGAGAUUGGCUUACUAGAUGAGGGUAUGGAAGUAUAUGGAGGAGAAAAUGUUGAGCUCGGAAUCAGG